AUGAAGCCAACCGGUGUGAAAGAGUCACUGACAUCAGCCAACGAACCGACGGUCCCCUCUGGUCCGGUCAAAAUCGUUGGUCAACCCGGUGUUGCUUCCGACCAACUCAUCUCAAGCAAACCAGAAGGCCUACCGGGGGCUAACUCAAAGGCGAUCAAACCAAUCCUUAAACGCGGUUCCUCUUCUGAUGUCAACAUCGCCGGUGGGUGGAACGGAUCCGCUUCCGCCGCCGCGAAAGGGAAAUCAAUCGUCGCUGACGAGGUUGGGAAUGUGCUAACCUUCAAAGAGGUUACUUUAGGGCCUAAUGAUGGCGAGGUCCGGUUCCGGUUGAUUCACUUUUGGGAGGCCACAAAUCCCAUCACAAAGACACUCAUCGGCAUUGAAAUGCUUCUCAUCGAUGAAGAGGAAACUGUUAUCCAGGGUUUCAUCCCACCAGGCAGGUGUGACACCUAUUUGCGUCACCUGAAAGCUGGUGCAACUUACCGACUCACAAGGUUUUUUGGAUCACAGAGCAAAAACAUGUACAGUGUUGCUGACCCAAGCGUAACCAUCAGUUUCUCUUGGAAUUCAGUCCUCUCUGAAUUCAAAGACAGCACUGUAUGUUUCCCUGUGGACAGAUUCCGGGUUCAUAGCCAGAAAGAAUUUGAAGCUGCUGCAGAUAAGCGAGGUGAUCUUUAUGAUUACAUUGGGCACAUCAAACUUGUGAAUGGGGAGGUUCCCAAUGACAAACUCCUAAUUGACGAAGCAGGGAUAGCUGUUACUCGCCGUCUUGAGCUCCACGUCCAAACACAUGACGACCCAGUGGUUAAGCUGAAUCUUUGGGAUAAAGCUGCCUUCGAGUUCUGUGCCAAGUUCAAAGCAUCUGGAGGGACUGCAAGUGUUAUCUUGGUCACCACUUUGAACCCGAAACGUUUUGGAGGUGUUUUCUCUCUGUCUUCUACUACGGCAUCGCGGGUCUUCAUAGAUCUUGAUAUCCAAGAAACACGCUCAUAUCUCAGUUGGCUAGAAUCGAACUUCGAAGUUGCCAACAGAGUUAACGCAACAGUGGUUACUAAGCCUGAGCCAGCGACCUUGGGUGACAUACUCGCCUACAUGAAGCAGGCAUCCGCAAAGGUUGCUUUGUUUCAGUGUACAGCUACUAUUGAUGAUAUCGUCCAUGGUGCUGGGUGGUAUUAUAUAGGAUGUCGUGUGUGCCAUACCAAGGCCAUCAAAGGGGCAACAACUCUGAUGUGCAAGAAGUGUGGAAAGAAUGAAAUUCAGGGUGUGCCACUGUACCACUCGAAGCUAUCUGUGUAUGACCACAAGGAUCAAGCCGUCUUUGUACUUCUCGGUGAUGCUGGAGAGGAGCUGACUGGGAAAAAGGCUGCAGAGUUGGUUGAUAACUACUACGAGGCCAAGGAGAUUGAAGACGAGGACCACAUUGUCCCAGUGCCUCAGGCUCUAAUUGGCACCAUAGGACAAACAAGGAAAUUUGUUGUCAUGGUGUCCGCCUAUAAUCUCAGUGGCAAGUCUCAGACAUUGACUGUGACAAAGGUUCUCCAUCUUGACACCGAAGAUCCCGUAGUCAACAUUGGAGAUGCAGCUGAGGAGGCAACUGCAAAAGGAAGGGAAGAUCACGCAGAGGAGUCGGUGAAAAGGGGUGGCGUUGGGAUUGAGGGUGAAGGAGCCAAGCGCACAAAGCAUGGCUAA